GCACUUAGUCCUUCCCAUUUGUGGCAAACUUAAGAGCACCAAAGCAAAGGAAACUAUCUUUUUCUAACUCUUGCUUCUUCUUCUUCUCCUUCUUCAUUCUCUAGCUAGUGCAGCUGGCUAUAUUGUGUUUGUUUGUGCUUACAACACAACACAACAACACAACCACACAGCAUCAUAAAUGGAUUUGAAGAAGUCAUGGACGGUGGGUGAUUCACUGGAUUACAAGGGGUUUCCUGCUGAGAAAUCCAAAACUGGUGGUUGGAUUCCUGCUGCACUAAUUCUUGUGAUUGAAAUAAACGAGAGGUUAUCAACAAUGGGAAUAGCAGUGAACCUGGUGACUUACUUGGGUGGCACCAUGCAUUUAUCAAGCUCAGAGUCUGCCAACAUUGUCACUGACUUCAUGGGCACUUCCUUCCUCCUCUGCUUGCUUGGAGGCUUCCUUGCUGAUUCCUUUCUUGGUAGAUACCUCACAAUUGGCAUCUUUGCAGUAAUCCAAGCAAUGGGAACUGGUCUGCUUGCACUGUCAACAAGACUGCCACAACUCCAGCCACCACCAUGUGGGAUGUCAAACAAAUGCCAAAAAGCUUCAGGGAUGCAGAUGGGGGCCUUAUACUUGAGCCUUUACUUGAUAGCAUUUGGUACUGGUGGUCUGAAAUCCAGUGUUUCUGGCUUUGGGACUGAUCAGUUUGAUGAGACUGAUGAGAAGGAGAAAUCCCAAAUGGCUUAUUUCUUCAACAGGUUCUUCUUUCUCAUCACCACUGGAACUCUGCUUGGUGUGACUGUUAUGGUUUACAUCCAGGAUGAGGUUGGAAGGAGCUGGGCUUAUGGCAUCUGCUGUAUGUCUAUGAUCAUAGCUAUUCUCAUGUUCUUGUCUGGAACCAAGAAGUACAGAUACAAGAAGUGCUCAGACAGCCCUGUUGUUCAUAUUCUCCAAGUCAUCUCUGCCGCUGUUCGAAAGAGGAAUCUCAAGUGCCCUUCCAGCAAUGCCUUGUUGUAUGAAGAUAGCUCGGAGACGAUGACCUCAAGAAUCCCUCGCACUGACCAAUUCCGGUUCCUUGACAGGGCGGCUAUCAUGACGGAAGAUGAUACUGAAGUGAAUGUACUUAAUGGCACAUCCACCCUGAACCCAUGGAAGUUGAAUUCUGUGACCAAGAUCGAGGAGGUGAAGAUGGUGAUCAGAUUGCUUCCUGUGUGGGCAACAACAAUCCUGUUCUGGACUAUAUAUGCUCAGAUGAUCACAUUCUCUGUAGAACAAGCAUCAACUAUGGAGAGAACAAUUGGAGGCUUUCAGAUCCCUGCUGGUUCUUUGACAGUCUUCUUUGUUGGAGCUAUAUUAAUCACGUUAGCAUUCAAUGACCGUAUCAUCAUGCCAUUGUGUAAGAAGUACUGGAAUGGAAGACCAGCUGGAUUCACCAACCUUGAGAGGAUUGGAAUUGGCUUGGUUUUAUCAGUUAUAGGAAUGGCUGUGGCUGCAUUGGCAGAGAUGAAACGUCUGGCAGUGGCUAGACAAGCCGGGGAGGCCGUGGCGCAAAGGGGAGCCACAUUGCCCAUCAGUGUUUUCUUGUUAAUUCCUCAAUUCCUUCUGGUGGGUGCUGGAGAAGCAUUCAUCUACACAGGGCAGCUGGAUUUCUUCAUUACCAGAUCACCGAAAGGGAUGAAGACAAUGAGCACAGGGCUGUUCCUGACAACAUUAUCACUUGGGUUUUUCUUCAGUAGCUUAUUGGUAUCCAUUGUGAAUAGAAUCACUGGUGGUGGUGGUGGUGGUGGUGGUGCUAAUGGCCAAGGUUGGCUGGCUGAUAACAUUAACUAUGGGAGGUUGGAUUGUUUCUAUGGUCUUCUCUCCGCAUUGAGCGCUCUUAAUUGUGCAGCUUAUCUUUUAUGUGCUGCAUGGAGCAAGCCUAGGAUCACUAACAUUAAUAAUGACAUGCAGCAACAACAGCAGCAGCAGCAGCAGCAGAUUGAGACUAUGACUAAGACUUCCAUGGAUAACAUUAAUGACAAUUGCUAGCAAGCAACAUAAUUAAGCUACCUAGCUUUUCUAGUUACACUGCUUGUCUUGCUAGCUCUACGUACGUUGAUCAUCCAUGAUCACUUUAUCUUCUUACUUUCUGCUCUUUAUGUAUAUGUAUAUGUGUGUGUGUAUCAAUGUAAGAAUUAAUUAAUGGCCACUUGUACAUGCAAGUGUUUGCAAGUAUUAUUUGUGGCUUCGUCUGCAGCUAGCUUUGUUA